UUAAUUCACUCUGGUUCCUACUGGAUUGAUGUCUGUAUCAUACUGCAACAACCAUGGAUCAUGCAUGGAUUGCCCAUAUUUCCUGGUACAGCGCAAGAAGAAUGAACUGGCCUCUCACCACAAGUGUGCAGUCCAUUCAGCCCAUUAAUAAGACAAAUAUCACUAGCUGUGCCAUAGCACAUGGAUUUCAGGACUACCUGUGAAGAGACAAAGACAGGGAUUUGUUUGCUGCAGGAUGGUAACCAGGAGCCUUUCAAAGUGCGGCUGCACUUAGCCAAAGAUAUUUUGAUGAUCCAGGAGCAGGAUGUGAUCUGUGUGUCUGGUGAGCCUUUCUAUUCUGGUGAAAGAACAGUAACAAUUAGAAGACAAACUAUAGGAGGAUUUGGAUUAAGUAUAAAGGGUGGAGCAGAACAUAAUAUUCCAGUGGUCAUUUCCAAGAUUUCCAAAGAACAAAGAGCGGAACUCUCAGGCUUGCUGUUUAUAGGAGAUGCAAUUCUACAGAUUAAUGGAAUUAAUGUAAGAAAAUGCAGGCAUGAAGAAGUGGUACAAGUUCUUCGCAAUGCAGGAGAAGAAGUGACCCUAACAGUGUCCUUUCUGAAAAGAUCACCUGCUUUUCUCAAAUUGCCAUUAAAUGAAGACUGUGCAUGUGUCCCUAGUGACCAAAGCAGUGGCACAUCCUCUCCCCUCUGUGACAGCGGUUUGCAUCUCAAUUACCAUCCCAACAAUACGGAUACAUUAUCUUGUUCAUCAUGGCCAACAUCCCCAGGACUUAGGUGGGAGAAGAGGUGGUGUGAUCUCCGAUUAAUCCCACUACUUCAUUCCCGUUUUUCUCAGUACCUACCAGGAUCAGAUCUGAGCAGGCAAAAUGCAUUCCAAGUAAUUGCUGUGGAUGGGGUUUGCAGUGGAAUAAUUCAGUGUCUCUCUGCUGAGGACUGUAUUGACUGGCUACAAGCAAUAGCAACUAACAUUUCCAACCUCACAAAGCACAAUAUAAAAAAAAUCAACAGGAAUUUUCCAGUAAGCCAGCAGAUAGUCUACAUGGGCUGGACAGAAGAAAGGGAACAAGACUCCCUUCAGGACCGAAUGUACACACCAAAGUUUCUAGCGCUGAGAGGUUCUUCUCUAUAUAAAUUUAUAGCACCACCAGUUACCACCUGGGAUUGGACACGAGCUGAAAAAACCUUUUCAGUUUAUGAGAUUAUGUGCAAAAUUUUCAAGGACAGUGAUCUUUUGGACCGUCGGAAACACUGUUUUGGUGUCCAAUCUGAAUCUGGAGAAGACCUCUACUUUUCUGUGGAAUUAGAGUCUGACCUAACACUAUGGGAAAAAGCCUUCCAAACAGCAACUUUUUUAGAAGUUGAACGGAUACAGUGCAAGACAUAUGCCUGUGUUUUGGAGAGCCAUCUUAUGGGGCUUACCAUUGACUUUAGCAUGGGCUUUGUAUGCUUCGAUGCUGCCACAAAGGCUGUACUUUGGAGGUACAAGUUUUCUCAGCUUAAAGGCUCUUCAGAUGAUGGCAAGAGCAAAAUCAAGUUUUUGUUCCAAAAUCCAGAUACUAAGCAGAUUGAAGCAAAGGAGCUGGAAUUUUCCAAUCUUUUUGCAGUCCUUCACUGUAUCCACUCAUUCUUUGCUGCCAAAGUGGCUUGUUUGGACCCCUUAUAUGUAAGCAGUCAAGCCACAGCUUCUGCUGCUGCCACAACUUCUGGUACUGGCAAAUUAAAGUAUGCUACUUGACAUCUCACAUUUCAGCACUACUAUUUACCAACAGUGCAAAACAACAUAUAAAUAUUCAUCAGAUCUAGACCUUUGGGGAACUAUGAACAUGGAAACCAAUCCAAGAGAUGAGUCUUGUUGCAGUUUCAGCAGAUAAAUCGUCACAUGGGAUUGUAAAUUCAUCUCUGUUCUGCAAGACACCAGUAAAUAAUCAAGCUGAAAACCUGGAAUAGGAUGGAUAUGCUUUUAGUAUGAUCUAUUUGUACUUAUAUAGUGCUUUAAGCAACACUGGAAGCAAACGAAUAAAUGACACAAGGAAACACUUCAUAUUUAAUAAAAUUUUCAACUCUCUAUAAUAACACACAAAUAGAAUGGUCAUUUUCUUGUUUUCAGAUUUUUUUAAUGAAAAUAUACUAAGCUCUGAGUCUGAACUUAAUACCAUAUCAUUAUGUUAUAAAUGAUACAACCACAAGGAAGAGGCAUAUAGUAUGUGGCAGCAAGGAGAUGAGCAUGAAAUGGCACUUGUGUAAGUAUCUCCUCAAAGAAAAAAGCACUUUAAACACUGUUGUAAACUCAUACUUGUGUCCCUCCAUGAAAUCAUGCUAUUGUUGUUUAUUUUGUUUGUCAAUUUAAAUAAUAGCAAUGACAAAGGUAUAGCCAUAAUAGUCCGACACGCAAAGCUGCGUAAGGUGGGAAAAAACUUUCCUGGCACAAGAUUUUAUUUUUGAAGUGAAAAGAAGAUAUGAAUUCAAUUUAAUUGUAAGUGAAGACCAGUAAAUGAUACAUCUGGUACAUUUUCCUUGCUCAUUCUUCUAAUAUCCAACAGCCUCUAUUCACAAAACCUGAGUAUUGAAUUUUGCUUCAGACAUGAUAUACCUGGCACAUUGUUUCAGUAUUGAAUUCUGAUUUCAUAUCCCAAAUGGGAAGAUAAAACCUCUUUUCCACCAUAGGCUCUAAAUAUAAUAGGCAUUAUCAAUUAUUCUGGAAAAAUUACACACCUUGAAUUCUUACCAAUUAAUGGCAUUGUUCCUUCAAUUUUUUUUAGAACAAAUUAAAUUAUUACAUUACAUUUAAAAUGUAAUUAAUUGAGCCAAUAUAAUACAUAAUAUAUUUACAUAUUAAAAGUACAUCACAAUCCAAGACCACAUAUUGUACUUUUCCCAAUGAAUGUAAGUUCAAAGUGUUGUAAAUCUGAAACUACUUUUCAUGCAGACAGCAGUGAUUAGCCUCCAAAGAUAUGCUACUUGAAUACCAUUUCUGAAUAUUACUUGAUUUUGUUCUAGCACACUCAUCACCAAAUAUGGCCAAUUGCUAGAAAUGUAAAUGUGAUAUAGCUGAAAGAUAGUAUAUUUCAAGCAGGAUCACUUAACUCAAAUGAAUUAAUUAUUUAGGCACAUAGUACUUAUGAAUUAUAUUGCAGGAAGAUAACCUGAUGCAGCCAAGGUAUUUGUAUAAUUUUAAAUGCUAAUUGUUAAUCUGCUGUUACGUUUUUAUGACUGAAAAUAUGUUUUAAUGGGAGAUAGAAGGAGAAAAAGUAAAACAUCAAAAUGUUGCAAAAGAACAUUUAAAAGGAAAGAGUUAAGUAAUUUAGUAUGAAUUUAAGUAUCAUUUGCACAUUUUGGCUCCACUAUUGUAAUUUCAAAUACGUCGGUAUUUCAGAAAGUACCAGUAAUUUUGAAAUAAAAGCCAUUUUGUCUGCAAUGUUUAUUGACAGGACCACAUGACUUCUCUAUAUAAUCAUAAACAAUGGGUGCAUUCAAAAAUCAGUAUUCCCCACAGCUAUGAAGCUUACCAUUCAUUGCACGCAAAGUUUUUAUUUCAAAGUUUCUGUUAUUGUCUGAAAUGUCCUCACACAUGAGCAAACCUGGGUCCUGACCUGAGGUCCUUCUAUGCAUCAGAAGCUGCAGGAGCAUGGGCUUACUUCCCUUUUAUCUUAUUUCAGCUUGUUAUAAAUUAGAAAACUACAUGUACGCAGGUAAAAAUUAUGGGCCCUUUUUUAUUGUUCUGCCUUGUAUACCACAAAAAUGAAAUCAAUCAUUAUUCUAGGUACUAUAUAAAUAAGUAUAUCUUCAUAUGUGAAUACAGGUGAAUAUUUUCUCCAAAGUGUUCAGUACAAUGUGAACCAUUGCAACAAAUGUAAUUGUUGGUAUUUCUGUCUGCCUGAUUUGUUGCACAAAUACAUGGAUUUGUGUACAUAAGAAAACCACCUUUUAAAAAAAUUUGAAAAUGUUAAAUACCGCUUAAUAUGAAUUGCUCCUAGUUGUAAUAGUAGUGUUAGAGUGAUGCUACAUGAUAGUCCAGGAAUUAUGAAAGUGGCAAGAUUUUUGGAUGGUAAUAUCUUUUAUUGAACUAACUGCAUAGUUGGGAUAAAGCUAGGCAAGCUUUCAAAAGCAGGGUAUUUUUAUUUAGGAAAAAGAAAAGUAAGCACAGAAAUUGUUAAGAACAGCAGACAGA